GGUGGGGUGCGAGGGGUUUGCUAGUUUGCAUGGAGGUUCUUGUGCAGCAGCAUCCCUUGUGACUCUGAGAUUACAGCAGCUGCUUUUGCUGUUUUGUGAUUUUUUUUUGGUUGUUUUUGCCCUAGCUGAGUGGGAGCCUCUCCGCUGGGGGGCGCUGCUGUUGCCAAAGUUUUCUUUGCAGGCACUGGGGAGCUUGGACGGUCUGGCUGGGACCGGUGUAUGCAAGGCUAGCGUUCCCCGGAGCAGACCCGUCUAGUGCUCUGGUCCCUGCUGCUAGAAGAGUUUCAUUGCUGCUCUCCAUGCCCCGUGUCAGCUGAGCGGAUGGGGGGAUAUCUGAGGCUGUGAGUCAUUUAUGUGUUACCAGUUUCCAAAAGAGGGUGGCCUACAAGUUCAGGUAUGUCUUAAUUUUUGGGUGUGCUGGGCACCAAACUCUUCUCCUCCUUCUUUAGUCCCCCAGAGCACACAAAAUCAGCAACACUUUUUGAAAAUGUGGUUGCAUGUCCCAUUGCAGAAGUGCUUCCAUCUUGUAAAUCUGCCAUCAGGGCAUGUGAUCUCAUCUCUAGCCCACUUGUGGGAGGUUAAUAUAUUAGCAGAGUUACUUGAAUGCUAUGUUAAAACUCAACCAGUAUUUUGAUUUUGUUUUGCAUUGAAAUAUAUAUCUAUAUAUCUCAAAUCUAAGCUAGAUGGAAUCUUCUUAAACUCUCCAACUUCUCAGCCUACUUUGUUUUCUUAAAUUGUAUUCCUGGUAAUGUGUUUGUGAGUAUUAAAAGUAUCAAGAGCGCACAGUGGACAGACUGGCUGUGGAGGUGGAAUCAUACAUUAUCUUGAGAUGGGGGAAAUUCAAGCUUCAGUCUGUCUCUUGUGGCUCUGGAUAAGCUGUUUGAUAUCUAGGCCCCUGGCUGUAGAAUGGCUGCCUCUUUCCGCUAUGGAGUGACCAUCACUGGAGCUAUCCUGCUGGUGACAGGAACGCUUUGUUUUGCCUGGUGGAGCGAUGGAGAGGUGGGACCCACGUCUAAUAAUGAUGCUAUGGCUGUGCCUCAUGGAGAAGCCAAAGUGGUGCCAAACUCCUCCUCCUCUAAUGCACUGCUCAGGUCUGUCAGCUUCUUCUGCUGUGGCAUCGGUGGCUUCCUCCUCCUCUUUGGACUUCUGUGGUCGGUGAAAGCAAACGCUCUGGGGAUGUCUCAACACUAUCAGUACCACUUCUCCAGAGACCUAUACUACUUCACUGUGGAACCUCUUGAUAAAAGGAUAUGCAGUGUCUGGGAUGCCAGUGCUGUCCCCACCUAUGAAGAAGCUCUGAACUGCAGGCCUGCUCAGAGUACCCUAGAUUAUGACGGGAAGGAGGAGACUUCACCCCCUCUAUACGGAGACUUAGAUGAGGAUAAUACGUGGCCAGGUUGCCGCAGACGCAGCUCCUCAGACAGUGUGCUGCUCACCAUGCCAUCCAGGAGGGAAGCAGAGUCAUGGGGCGAGCCCAGUGCUACACCACCGCCCAGCUACGAAGACAUCAGUGUACGUGGUGUAUGAUCUACGAACCACAUA